CGUCGUGAUCGACCUUGUUCACUCUUUACAAAUCAAGAUGGCAGCGGCCCUGUACAGAACGAGUUCUGCAAUAAUUAGACGACCAUCAUUACUAACCUGUGUCAGGGCCUCAUCGGGUCAAGUGGGACCGCCAGCCGAUGAACAUGCCGGCAAAGUCGAAAAUAAAAAGGUUACAAUGCCAGACGGAUUUGGACAUGCUGUUGGUCUUGAAAGAUUUGAAAUGUUGGCUCAUUUAGCUGGAAUUCAGGAUCCUUUUGAGAUGGAUGUGCGUCAGUUUACAAAUAAAGAUGGAACUUUCGACAAGCCAAAUAUAGUUCCAUCUUUAUACCAAAAACGUCUUGUAGGCUGUAUAUGUGAAGAAGAUGAAAUUAAUAUUAAUUGGAUGAACCUACAUAAUGGAGAACCAAAGCGCUGUGAGUGCGGACACUGGUUUAAACUCAAAGUGAUAGAUCCUAAAGACCUUGACUACAGUUAUGUGGUGGACAGCAAGAAGAAAUAAGAUAUAAUUAUAAAUUAAAAAGGAACAAUUUUUAAGGAAUUUCUAAUUAUUUGUUAGUUUUGCCGCAGGGACAGUACUAUCAGCAACAAUGUGACAUUGUUAUAUAUUAUAUUUGUGUGUCCACAUUUAAUAAAAGUAAUAUCGAUAAAAUA